CUGCCCUUGGCGUCUCCUUUCCCGCCUCCCGCCAGCUCCCAUUUGCAAUCCCUGCCCUUUGUGUCUGCCUCACCCCCCUUCCUAGCUGCCAGUCCCCAUUUUCUUCCACCCCCACUUUCCUACCAAGCUCAGCGCUCCUCUCCCCCCACCCCCGAGCGGAAGUGACCUCCGCGCCGCCCGCCCGCCUGCUUGCCAGCAGCGCCCGGCGGCGGUAGCAACCGGGUCGGUUCGUUCGUUCCGUUGCUUCGUCACCAGGCGCCGCUGUGUGACAGACGCCCCGGGGGCAGCCGAGACGAGCAGGGGGCCGAGGAAAGGGCGAGAGAAACCGCGGGCAGUUGUCGAGCGGGGCGCAGGGAGAGGCGGCCAUGGCCGGCACCGGGCCGCCUCCUCGGCCGCCGCCAGUGCAGAAGGAGCUGGUGUACAAUAAGCUGCUGCCUUAUGGCGACCAGCUGGAGGCCGAGGCGGGCCAUCUCCUCGCCCAGAUCAAGAUCAACCUUAGCCGAGCGGUUCAACUGCACGAGCUGUGGCCCGGAGGCCUCUUCUGGACGAGGAAGCUCUCCACGUAUCUACGGCUGUAUGGGAGAAAGUUUAGCAAAGAAGAUCAUGUUCUUUUUAUCAAGCUUUUGUAUGAGCUAGUAACUAUUCCAAAGCUGGAGAUGAGCAUGAUACAAGGAUUUGCACGCCUCCUGAUAAAUCUGCUGAAGAAGAAAGAACUCCUUUCAAGGGAUGAUUUAGUGUUACCGUGGAGGCCUCUUUAUGAAAUGCUGGAAAGGAUAUUGUACUCCAAGACAGAACACCUUGGCUUGAAUUGGUUUCCAAGCUCUGUAGAAAGUGUUUUAAAAACCCUUGUGAAAAACUGUCGGCCGUAUUUUCCAGAAAAUGCAACAGCUGAGAUGCUAGAUGAGUGGCGGCCAUUAAUGUGUCCCUUUGAUGUUACCAUGCAGAAGGCCAUCACAUACUUUGAAUUAUUUCUUCCUACCACUCUGCCUCCAGAACUUCACCAUAAAGGCUUCAAACUCUGGUUUGAUGAGUUUGUGAACCUUUGGGUUUAUGUUCAGAAUCUUCCACAGUGGGAAGGGCAUCUAGUCAACCUUUUUGCACGCUUGGCCACUGAUAAUAUAGGCUACAUUGACUGGGAUCCCUAUGUUCCAAAGAUAUUUACUAGAGUGCUGCGAAGUUUGAAUCUUCCAGUAGGAAGCAACCAGGUGUUGGUUCCAAGAUUCUUAACAAAUGCUUAUGAUAUAGGGCAUGCGGUCAUGUGGAUCACAGCUAUGAUGGGUGGACCAAGUAAGCUGGUACAGACACACUUGUCUGGGUUAUUCAAAAGCAUUGCCUCUUUUUACCACCCUUCAAAUAAUGGUCGCUGGUUGAACAAGCUCAUGAAGCUACUUCAGCGGCUACCAAGUAGUGUUGUCAGAAGAUUGCAUCGUGAACGAUACAAGAAAAUGACUUGGCUUACUCCUGUGCCUGAUAGCCAUAAACUUACUGACCAAGAUAUCACAGACUUUGUAGAAUGUAUUAUUCAGCCUGUCCUCCUGGCUAUGUUUAGCAAAACUGGAAGCUUAGAGGCAGCCCAAGCUCUGCAGAACCUUGCACUAAUGCGCCCUGAAUUGGUAAUUCCACCAGUACUUGAAAAAACAUACCCUGCACUGGAGACAUUAACAGAACCUCAUCAACUCACGGCCACCUUAAGCUGUGUAAUUGGAGUAGCUCGUAGCCUGGUGUCUGGGGGCAAGUCAUUUCCUGAAGGUCCAACGCACAUGUUGCCUCUGUUGAUGAGAGCAUUGCCUGGUGUGGAUCCAAAUGACUUUAGCAAAUGUAUGAUCACAUUCCAGUUUAUCGCAACAUUUUCGACUCUUGUGCCUUUAGUAGAUUGUUCAUCUGUACUACAAGAGAGAGAUGACCUCACAGAGGUGGAGAGAGAACUGUGUUCUGCUUCUGCUGAAUUUGAAGAUUUUGUACUGCAGUUUAUGGACAGAUGUUUUGGGCUUAUAGACAGCAGCACUCUGGAGCAAACAAGAGAAGAGACUGAAACAGAAAAAAUGACUCAUUUGGAGAGUUUGGUGGAAUUAGGCUUGUCUUCUACUUUCAGCACAAUUCUCACACAGUGUUCAAAAGAGAUAUUUAAGGUUGCCUUGGAGAAGGUUUUUAAUUUUGCCAUUUCAAAUAUAUUUGAGACAAGAGUGGCUGGUCGGAUGGUAGCUGACAUGUGCCGAGCAGCUGUGAAAUGCUGUCCUGAGGAGUCUUUGAAGCUCUUUGUGCCCCACUGCUGCAACGUUAUAGCACAUCUUACUCUCAAUGAUGAUGUCUUACAUGAUGAAGAGUUGGAUAAGGAGCUCCUGUGGAACCUCCAGCUUCUGUCAGAGAUCACCCGUGUGGAUGGGAAGCAGUUGCUGCCGUACAGUGAGCAGCUUGUGAAGAUUCUUCAGCGAACCCUCCACUUAACCUGUAAGCAGGGUUACAUUCUGUCUUGUAACCUACUGCAUCAUCUUCUUCGUUCUACUACACUUAUCUACCCCACAGAAUACUGCAGUGUGCCAGGUGGUUUUGACAAGCCUCUUUCUGAAUACUUUCCUAUCAAGGACUGGGGUAAGCCUGGUGACCUACGAAAUCUCAACAUCCAGUGGCAUGCUCCUUCAGCUGAAGAGAUAGCUUUUUCUUUCAACCUGCUGGAUUCCUUUCUCCGACCAGAACUUGAUAAACUAGUGCGUUAUGCAGAUGCAGAACUUGAAAUGUCCAGAGAUGAUGUGCAGCAGUCUCUCGCUAUAGUGCACAAUUGCCUGAUUGGGUCGGGGAACCUUCUGUAUCCUCUGAAAGGAGAGAGAGUACCUUACCUGGUUCCAAGUCUGGUGUCGUUAGAAGAGAUCAAACUUUAUACCGGUAUUGACUAUGAUUUGUCAAGAGAGAAUUACAGGGAGACAAUUGCCAGGGUUACAAGGAAACUCCUAAAUUAUGUACUCGACCAUUCUGAGGAUGAUACCAAGUCAUUGUUUCUCAUCAUAAAGAUCAUUGGUGACCUUUUACAUUUCCAAGGUUCUCACAAGCAUGAGUUUGAUUCUCGAUGGAAAAGCUUUAACUUGGUGAAGAAAUCAAUGGAGAAUAGGCUUCAAGGAAAGAAACAGCAUAUCCGAGCGCUGCUGAUUGACAGAGUCAUGUUGCAGCAUGAGCUGAGGACACUCACUGUUGAAGGUUGUGAAUAUAAAAAAGUACACCAGGACUUGAUCAGGGACCUUCUGCGUUUGUCCACAAGUUCAUAUGGCCAGGUCAGAAACAAAGCUCAGCAGGCAUUCUUUACAGCCCUGGGAACUUACAACUUCUGCUGCAGAGAUGUUAUUCCUUUGGUUUUGGAGUUUUUACAGCCGGAGGCACGCAGUGUCACACAGCAGCAGUUUAAAGGUGCCUUGUAUUGCCUUCUUGGCAAUCAUAGUGGAGUGUGCCUAGCAAAUCUUCAUGACUGGGACUGCAUUGUGCAAACCUGGCCUGCAAUAGUCUCUUCUGGACUUAGCACAGCAAUGUCUCUGGAAAAACCCUCUAUAGUCAGGCUGUUUGAUGACCUUGCAGAGAAGAUCCAUCGGCAGUAUGAAACAAUAGGACUAAAUUUUGAAGUUCCAGAGAAAUGUGUUGAGAUCGCUGUUCAAAUGCAGAAAUCAGUGUAUCCGCACAAUGGCUGGACACCCCUUAGUCAGGAGGAGAUUCAGUUGGGAAUACAGCGACAGAAAGAAAGAAAUGCAGAAGCUUCACAAAGUUAUGAAAAUUUGAUUAACAAACUGUUAGAUAGUGUGGAUCAAAGAAACCUCCCUUGGAAGUUUGAGCACAUUGGUGUUGGUUUUCUGUCCCUGCUAUUGAGAGAUGAUAGAGUGCUGCCUGUCAGAGCCAUCAAAUUCUUUGUGGAAUGUCUCAACCAUGAUGCACUAGUGGUUCGCAAGAUGGCGAUUUCUGCUGUGGCUGGCAUCCUCAAGCAGCUGAAGAGGCCUCACAGAAAGGUGUCAAUAUGCCCUUUCCAGAUCAGUAAAGCUUCUCGGCCUUCUGAUAUCCAGGCUGGUGACAGGCCUGAUAACAAGUGGUUGCAUUAUGAAAGUGACAGUUUACCAAAGACAAAACAAGCUUGGGAGUCCUGUUGUUUUGUGGAGAAAACGCAUUGGGGAUAUUACACCUGGCCGCAAAACAUGGAGAUUUAUGCUCCUGCAGAGCAUCAACCAAAGCUUGGACGGAAUAGAAAUGAGCUUUCAGAGGCAGAGCAAGUAAUCUAUGAUCACUUUUCUGAUCCAAAAUUCAUUGAGCAGCUAAUCAAAUUUCUUUCUUUAGAAGACAGAAAAGGAAAAGAUAAAUUUAACCCACGCAGAUUUUGCCUCUUCAAGGGCCUGUUCAGAAAUUUUGAUGAUGCCUUCUUGCCAGUACUGAAACCCCACUUAGAACGACUAGCAGUAGAUUCCCACGAAAGUCCCCAGCGAUGCAUAGCUGAAAUUAUAACUGGAUUGAUAAGAGGGUCUAAACACUGGACAUUUGAAAAGGUGGAGAACCUCUGGGAACUUCUGUGUCCCCUUCUUAGAACUGCUUUAUCCAACAUUACAGUGGAGACUUACAGUGACUGGGGAACAUGUAUAGCGACCUCUUGUGAGAGCAGAGACCCCCGGAAGUUGCAUUGGUUGUUUGAACUGUUGCUGGAGUCCCCGUUGAGUGGUGAAGGGGGAUCGUUCGUUGAUGCAUGCCGACUGUAUAUCUUGCAAGGUGGCCUCGCACAGCAAGAGUGGCGGGUGCCAGAGCUGCUGCACAGAUUGCUGAAGUACCUGGAGCCUAAACUCACCCAGGUUUACAAAAAUGUCAGAGAGCGGAUAGGAAGCGUUUUGACGUAUAUCUUCAUGAUAGAUGUCUCCUUACCAAACACGGCUCCCACAAAGUCCCCCCACGUUCAUGAGUUCACUUCCCGAAUACUUGAAAAACUCAAAUCCCUUAUGGAAGUGGAUGAAGAAAUCCAGAACCAUGUUAUGGAGGAGAAUGGGGUUGGAGAUGAAGACGAGUGGACUCAGGGCAUUAAACUCUUGAAAACCAUUCUCAAGUGGCUGAUGGCAAGCGCAGGAAGAGCCUUCUCCACAGCUGUUACUGAACAGCUUCAGCUCUUGCCAUUGUUUUUCAAGAUUGCUCCAGUAGAAAAUGAUAAUAGCUAUGAUGAAUUGAAGAGAGAUUCCAAGAUGUGCUUAUCCUUAAUGUCUCAGGGAUUGCUGUAUCCUCAACAAGUGCCUUUGGUACUACAGGUGCUAAAACAAACAUCAAGGAGUAAUUCCUGGCAUGCUAGGUACACAGUGCUAACCUACCUCCAGACCAUGGUAUUUUAUAAUCUUUUUAUCUUCCUAAACAAUGAAGAAGCAGUAAAUGAUAUCCGAUGGCUUGUUACAAAGCUGCUAGAAGAUGAACAGCUUGAGGUGAGAGAGAUGGCUGCCACUACCUUGAGUGGCCUUCUGCAGUGCCAUUUUCUGGCAAUGGAUGACCCCAUGCAGACUCACUUUGAGCAGCUCUGCAAGAUGAGACUCCCAAAGAAGAGAAAGCGAGACCUCAGCACUGUAGUGGAUACUAUUCCCCCUGCAGACCUAGUUAAACGCCAUGCUGGUGUUCUUGGACUUAGUGCAUGCAUUCUCUCUAGUCCUUAUGACGUACCCACAUGGAUGCCUCAACUUUUGAUGGAUCUUAGUGCGCACCUGAAUGAUCCUCAGCCUAUUGAAAUGACAGUAAAGAAAACACUGUCCAAUUUCCGGAGGACCCACCAUGACAACUGGCAGGAGCACAAGCAACAGUUCACUGAUGACCAGCUGCUCGUCCUUACUGACCUCUUGGUAUCACCUUGUUAUUAUGCAUAAGAAGGUUCUUAGAAAAACGAUGGCCUACUCCCAUUUCUGAAAAAAAUAAAUAAAGGAAACUCAAAACUAAUGUAUUGUAUGUACAACCCUUUUAGAUCUGGUAUCUGAGGCGUAAGGCUGUUCUUGUCUUUGAGGAGCUUUUUUGUUUGGGCGGGGGGUGGGGGUGGGGAAGGAUAAGGCAAGUCUCUAUAGAGAGGAAUUUGGUAACCAAGAAUUUCUACUGCUGUGAGAAGGGAUUUUUUUAGGGGGCCGAGAUGCCCCUGUUGUAUCUUCAUGAGAAUGCCUUGUGUUAGUAGAAGUCCCAACUUUUCUCUCCUUUUUGUACAGUGGCUAGUGGCCACAUUCUGUCCUCCCCUUUUACGUUCUGAAUGCCUUGUUCAUGCAUUACAGAUGGACUUUUGAAUGUUAUAGCCUAUUGUUCUGAACAUUCAGCAUUAAAAAUUUGAGGGGGGCCCCAACUCCUCUGAUCUGCUUGCAAAUGCCAAGUAUCGAUGCACUGAAGACCAUUUAAUUGGAAGCGUCGGCCAGAAAUGUGCCCAGUGCUGCAAGAUUUCUGGACUAGGUUCUUCCUCCCAUGUAAUUCUGGGCUAUGCAUAACUUUGAUCUGGCCUCCUUUUUCAAAAGUCUCAUUUUCUGAGCACAUCCCUUCACAUUCUGCUGGUAAACAGAUCUAUACAAUAAAGAAAAUGUGUUUUUCCACAGUCAGGGUUUUAAAUAAGAGUCUUCAACCAGGUACUGAACCUUUUACUUUUUUGCUUAUCUAUGCAGGUGUUGACCUUGCUGUGCUAUGCGUAGACUUUUUCCCCCCCGUUCAACAGAGCCAAUGAAUAAUAGUAACACUUGGUUCUCAGCUGUUCUUUUAUUUAAGAGACUGAAAAGAAUGUACAUAUGUUAAUACAGAGUGGGCAAACACUUUUUAAAUAAAAUGUCCCCAUUUGCUAGUCCCACAUCUUCCCAUUCAUUCGUCCUUCCCUCCUAGGAACAAAUAACUUGCAUAAACAUGGAAGUACUGUAUGUUUCUGCUCCCCUCCUCCCCAACGCGUCCUGUCCAGUUUCCCUAUAUAGCUCUGGUGGCUAUUGGCUGGCUGUUUGACAACAUGUUCCGUAUGUGUUACAUGGAUGUAAAAGACUGUAUAAAUUGUAGAGGCACUGCACUGGCAAAGCACUGUACAGUUUGCAGAAAUUUUGCAUAAUCCCAUUGUGAGAUUUAUUUGUAAAGAAUCACAUUUCUAGGUGUUAAUAUAGUGCUUUCAGCUUUUUGUAUCUGAUUCAAAUGCCAAUUUCUUCUGGUUUUUGUUUUUUUAAAGAUCCUUUCCCCCUCUAAUGAGGUAACUUUUUAGAUUUUGGCUUGAUUUUGGGUUUUUUUUUCUUAUUAGUCUGUUGAUUUUUUAAAUGUUAUAUUUGUGCAUGUUCCUUUCCCAGGAAUGUCAGCAGUCACCUGCUGUGAUGUGUGAUAAAUUAUAGAGUGCAAGAAUACUUACAAAUCUGAGAACUGUGUGUGUCCUCUUUAUGCACAUCUUGUACUUUUUCUUUUACAAGCAGGAAUAUUAAACAUUUUUUAAAAAUAAUUCGCCUGCUGGGAAACCAUACCACUAUUUUUAAAAACUCAGCAGUGUGACCAGUACAGUAUCUCCCAAGAGUCUCACCACAUAACUACAACCAAUGUAUAGCGUAGUGCCAAAAUGUCACCUUCUCCUUUUCAGUUGUGUAUCUAGUUUAAAGCUGAAUAAAUACGUUGUUUGUAAAGA